AUGCAACUCAAAAGGAUUGUUUCAUUCCUGGAGACACAGAUGGAUCAGAAGCUAAAAGCGAUCCAUUCCAACCAAGGAACUGAAUGGAAAAGCAACGAUGCAUUAGAAUGGUCAUUAGAAAAGGGCAUAGAGUGGCAAACCACCAUGGGGUACAACAGCAAACAAAAUGGGCAGGUGGAGAGAAUGAACAGGACCCUUGGAGAGAAGAUGAGAACAUUGCUGAUGCAGAGGAGACUGCCAAAGAGGUUUUGGCUGUAUGUGAUCAGAGCUGCGGCAUUCAAAAUCAACCUCACUCUGAGUGUUGAUAAUAAGUUCCCUUAUCAAGCCAUGUUCGGCAAGUCACCAGAGCGAGCUUUAAGACUCCUACAAGUGUUUGGUUGUCUGGCAUGGGUAAACAUACCCAAAGUCAAAUGGGACAACAAGAAACUGGACCAGCAAGCUGUUGCAUCCAUUUUCUUGGGAUACAGUCUAGAGAGAAAGGGCUGGCUAUUCUACAAAGAGGAUUUUGAAGACCUAGGAUAUAACAAAGAAAAUAUAUUUGAUGAAACAGAUGAAAGGCCACUACAAGAAUACAUGGGUAUGGAGACAGAUUCAGAAGAAAGGUUAAGUGGAGGAAUGGCAGAGGUGAUGGAACAGGGAUCAAUUGCCAAAACUCAGUUUGACAGUAAAUCCUUUGGACUCAUAGUGAUGCAACCGGAAUGGAGAAAGAACCUGGACCCAACCAUACAUGAAGCAAUGAGUGGAGAAGACAGAAAGCACUGGGAGGAGGCCAUGCAAAAGGAGCUGGAUGGAUUAGAAGUGAUGGGCACAUGGGAGAUCGUUGACCUCCCAAAGGGUGCAAACACUGUCGACAUGCAUUGGGUACUCAAGAUCAAAACCGAUGCAAACCUCAUGCCAACAAAGUUCAAAGCCCAGCUCAUGGCAUGA